CUCUGGGGUUCUCUUUCUCACUCUUACGUUUUCUCUAUCUUCACGGGUUUCUCUCACUCUCCGUUGAUAAACAUCAACCGUUUUGCAUUCUCACCAUCUUUAAACGCAUUCCUCUGUUUCUCGACUUCUCACAAUUAUCAGUCUCUAUCUAAGAAACAUAACAUUUUGAAGUCUUCCAAUGACAAGUUUGUCUGGAGUCAGAAGUCAUCGAAAAACCUCAAGACCUCUGUCUCCAGGAGAUAUGGAUUACAUAGAACCCAAAACAAAGAGCAAUCUUAUGGGAAAGCUUGUCUUACUAGCUUCACUUAUAAUCUUAACCUUUAUUGUGAUCAAUAAAGCUUCAAGUUUCACAUCCCCAAGCGUGUUUUCUCGGAGAGAGGAAGGAGUGACUCAUGUGUUAGUCACUGGUGGAGCUGGAUAUAUCGGUUCACAUGCGGCUUUAAGGCUCCUUAAAGAUAACUACCGCGUAACCAUUGUGGACAAUCUUUCUCGUGGGAACCUUGGUGCGGUUAAGGUUUUACAGCGAUUGUUCCCACAAACUGGAAGACUCCAAUUCAUUUAUGCUGAUUUAGGAGAUCCCGCAGCUGUAGAGAAAAUUUUUUCGGAGAACGCCUUUGACGCUGUUAUGCACUUUGCUGCCGUAGCUUAUGUUGGAGAAAGCACUCUUUAUCCUCUAAAAUAUUACCAUAACAUUACAUCAAACACAUUAGGAGUUCUUGAAGCUAUGACUAGACAUAAAGUAAAGAAACUGAUAUAUUCUAGCACUUGUGCUACUUAUGGAGAGCCUGAAAAAAUGCCUAUUACUGAAGAUACUCCGCAGGUUCCAAUUAAUCCUUACGGGAAAGCUAAAAAGAUGGCAGAGGAUAUGAUCUUGGAUUUCUCUAAGAACUCUGACAUGGCCGUUAUGAUCUUAAGAUACUUCAAUGUGAUUGGUUCUGAUCCUGGAGGUAGAUUAGGAGAAGCUCCAAGACCCGAGCUUCGUGAGCAAGGACGUAUAUCUGGUGCUUGUUUUGAUGCGGCUCGCGGUUUCAUUCCCGGACUGCAAGUAAGAAACAACAUGUGGUUUCAUUAUGCAUAAUAUUUUAUAAUCUAAUCUUUGCCAAUUUUUUUUUACAUAAUAUGGUUUUGAUAGGUGAAAGGAACAGACUACAAAACAUCGGACGGAACUUGCAUUAGAGACUAUAUAGAUGUUACUGACCUCGUGGAUGCUCACGUGAAGGCUCUUGAGAAAGCUCAGCCUCAUAAAGUCGGUAUCUACAAUGUCGGAACCGGAAAAGGUACUUCAACAUCAUCAUUUGCAAAAAUAUAUUUAUCUAAGUGCCUCCUUUCAUGUAAUUAUGGUAACAUUAUCAUUACCAUAAUAAUUACAGUGUGACACUACGUUAACCGUUUUUUGGUUUGGUCAAACAGGAAGAUCGGUUAAGGAAUUUGUGGAGGCGUGUAAGAAGGCGACAGGAGUUGAUAUCAAAGUAGAUUUCCUGCCCCGACGGCCAGGAGAUUACGCAGAGGUGUAUAGUGAUCCAACAAAGAUUUUGAGAGAUUUGAAUUGGACUGCUCGCUUCACUAAUCUUCAGGAUAGUCUUCAAGUUGCAUGGAGGUGGCAAAAGAUUCAUCCUCGUGGAUAUGCUUCUUAUUAAAAACAGAGGAAACAACAAUACCUUUAAAAUUUGUUUUUGUUUUAUAUUUUCAUUUCAUGAAUUUGCAUAUUGUUUUGUGGGCUUUAUAGCUUGUGGAGAAAAUGUAUUGUGAUUAGUUAUGUACUUACUAGUGGAACAUAGGCUUGGAACGCCUCCAAAGCUAUAUUUACUCUAUGAAGCAGAGUCAGGACGAAAAUGGAGACCUUCAUGGAUCCAUUUGAAUGUGGCAAUCACUUUUGGUACAGAGAAAAAAAGUACAAGGCAAAUCUCACAUUUGAACAAAAAUGGUUGACCACAGUAGCGUGACCAGAAGAGCAUCUAACCUUCGACCAAAAAUGGUCUACCAAGCUAGUGUGACUAGAAAAGGACACACACAUCACUUAGUUCAGAUUAGUGUGAGGAAUAGCUCAUGUACCCCAAUCAGUUUGUCUACACAUGUAGCCUUGGAAGAAGAGUCCAAUAGUAUGAGGGACCAAGAAGAAGACAGCCCACCUAGCAUUAAAGAAAAAUCAGCAGUCCAAUCUGUUUAUAGAGAAGGGAAGUCCAGCAAGCAUGAAGAGAAGCCAUGAGAAGAACAUGCCCAAUAUUUGAUUUAAUAAGGGGAAGCACCAAAGUACACAAGUGUGUGACAAGCAAGUGAAGAAAAAUCAACAACUGUAGGCUAAGUUUAUUAUACUUACUUCUGAAGAUGGAAAGCUGCUGGAAUAUUUCAGUGUGAUAUACGAGGUGGUACAUGUUUUCUACUCUUGAUUUUAGCUCAUGGUUUCAGUAUGCACCAGAUACAAGUUGACAUACACACAUAUAUAUACUGCUCCCUUGGCCUAUUUUCCCAGAUAUGAGACUUUUGUUGGGUUUGUCACGUAGACAAAAUUUGCAGUGUUACAUACACUGAAUUACCAACUUCCAUACAUCAAUUCUCAUUCAAUCUUAAUCUGUUUUUGAUGUAUGAAUAUACCAUAUUGUAGUCCUCAUUCCAAGCUUUACAAUCAGCUGGUGACAUGAUCGGAACGACCACUGGUUUGGCCGGAAAAGCCACUGGAAAAUCGGAAAAUCAACCUUUAUAUUAUUAACAAAACACAGUUCCAACAGUUUUCCACAUCAAUAGAAAUUGCAAACUCGAUAGACUCUAGUCACUAUACUUAUACUAAUCAUGACUAGACACAAACAUGUCGAGAGUAUUUGCGAAAAAGUUAUUGUGUUUUAGUUGAUGGUAUUUUAAAAUUUAAACCACUCAUAGUUAAUAUAUGCCGGGUUGACUUUACUAGAAAGUGAACAUGAUGUCUUGAUGUCUUGAACCACAUGGUGUUUUAUAUAGAUUGAGACAACAUACAUAAUACAUCUUCAUUUUCUCGUAAAACUUAGUUUUAUAUUAUUUUCAUUGUGACCUUGGACUAUUUAUGAUUUUCAUGAGUGAACUUAGACCAUAAAACUUAGUUUUAUAUUGUUUUCAUUGUGAUCCUGGACUAUUUAUUGUGAUCCUGGACUAUUUAUGAUUUUUAUGAGUGAACUUAGACCACCUCUCGUGGUGCUUCUUCUUUCAUUUUGAAGAAAACUGUGUUCAACGGUAUUUUAUUUCCUGCUUCAAAUGAAUCCAUGAACAAUGUUGUUUGCAACGUGAAGAUAUACCAUCCACAUCUUCAUCCUUUGAAGAUGAUCUUCGUUAAUUGCAAAGUAGUAUUUAAGUUCUUAUGUAUUCUUAUCUUUUGUCAAAAUAAAUUAUAUAGAUUAGUACUAUCUAACUGAUAUCAGAAUUUGACUAUUAUUUUCAAUCAAUUAGAUGUUUAUAUCAAAGAGCAUAUGAAUUUAAUUUUUAAUAAUUGUUAACUUGAUUAAAAUGAAACGAAGACAAAUAAGCUCAUUUCUUAUUUCUAAACACUUUGUUAAUCAUUUACAGAAAAAAAUAUAUGUGGUGUUGUUUUACAAAUUAUGAUGGUUUGUGUUGUUUAUUCAUGUUAUGUAAUAAAUAUAUUAUAUGAUAAUGUUGUUUUUAUUAAAUAAUAAUUGUGUUAGAUUAUUGUUAAAAUAAAAUAGUUUAGGUAAAAUUAGUAAUAGAAAAAAAAUAUGAAGUGUUACUCAUAAUUAAUAAUAAAUAAUAAAAUAGAAAUAUAAUAUACUUGGAAUAUUUCUUUUACAAGAAAGAAAUAAAGCAAACCAUUAGAAUAAUAUUCUACUAAUGAAGCAAACCAUUUUUAUUAUUUUGAAAAUGAAGCAAACGAUUGAAAAUACCUUUAGAAUAUAUUUUUACAUUCAUUCUCAUAGAAACAAUCUUAUUUUAGAUUCAUUAGGUGAUUGACCAUGGAGAAUAUUGAGUAAUACUCUACUUUAUAAGCUAUGGAACCAUUAAAAAUUAACGAUUAUCCUACUCACAUUUGUUAGCAUUUAUCAUCUUAGAAACUUGAAAGAAACUAUCUUGUUAUCCUACUCACAUAAGCUAUGGAACCAUUAAAAAUUAACGAUUAUCCUACUCACAUUUGUUAGCAUUUAUCAUCUUAGAAACUUGAAAGAAACUAUCUUGUUAUCCUACUCACAUUUGUUAGCAUUUAUCAUCUUAGAAGCUGGAAAGAAACUAUCCUGUUUCAAAGUACUCUUGAUAGAUUAUAUUUUCCCUUUAACUGGAAAGAAACUAUUCUGUUUCAAAGUACUCUUGAUAGAUUAUAUUUUCCCUUUAACGUACAUCUUGUGAUCUAUAGUUAUGAUAGGUAGGAUUACAAUUAAGCAUAUUAAGCAUCUUCUUUCAUUAUAAUUUUUAAACCCAUGUCUUUCAUUAUAAUUCUUAAACCCAUGUCUUUUGAUGAUUUUUAGCAACAUUAUCACCACGUGACAGAAUGAAUCUGCUAGAUUAUAAGAUAAUUUGUCAUAUAACGAGAUUUUUCAUUCUUCUUCUGAUGUAAUGAGAUUUAUCAUUGUAAAUUUUAUUCUGAAUCUAGACUAUUGCUGAUCGCUAGCACAUGUUUCUUCCACAUAAAAACAUCUUCCAAAAGUUUUAUAAACCAUUCAGCUUCUGCAGAUGUUUUGUCUAAGGCUAUAAAUACAGAUUUCUAUGAGUUUAAAUCGUACAACUUAGUUUUACAAGAUCCUUGCUUUAAUAUGGUUCUGUUAGAUAUUAUAUUAUCUUAUAGAGGCUUCACUGGCGGAAAUGGCAAUAUAGAACGGCCGAUGAUUAAUCAAUAUUAAGAACAAAGGUUGGCCACUUGAGUAUAGUCAAGUAAUAUUUGAUCAUAUCCCGAUUUGUCUGCCCUUGAAAAAAAAAGACAAUUUGUCGUUCGUAUAUAUACAAGAAAAGCAUGACAUGAAAUCCAAUAGAGAGAAAAAACGAUACCAGUUUCAAAAGUCAUCCCAAGUAUAUUUGUGGCACUGGUCAAACCUUACCUCCACUUCUGUUUCACCUCCUCUGUUUUCCCACCACAAGUUAUUCUAAAGGCCUUUCCUUGUUUCCUUACAUCAGAUGGAUAAAAAGUUGAUCUUCAUCUCUAUCUCCUUCAUGUCUUCCUUCUUUGUCCACAAUUGGUUAUACCUUGUCUUCAUGAGCUUCCGCGGAGAAGAUGUACAUAAAGGCUUUCUUAGUCACAUUCACAAUUGAGUUUCAAAAAAGGGAAUCAUACCUUUCAUUGAUAAUAAGAACAAUAGAGGUUAAUCAUUGGUCAUCAACUCUUACAAGCAAUUAGAGGAUCUAAGAUCGCAUAGUCUUAUUCUCAUAGACUCUAAGAGAAAGACUAUUAAGAUCUUCUAAUGGCAUGUAAGAGUUCAUUCUCUAUUGAUCUUAUUUUCAAGGAAAGUGUGAUUCCUUUUCUUUGAACUCUUUAUGAGUGUGAUUUAGAAAGCCUCCACGAACAUCUUCCAAGGGAAGCUCGUGAAGACAGGAUAGGGACAGUUGUGAAACAAAGAAGAAGGAAGUCAUGAAGAAGAAAAUACAGAAGAAGAUGAAUUUUUUUUUCUGUUCUUAUGGAAUCUGAAAUUUCUAUAAACCACCAAAAAAGUUGUAUCCAAAAGAGUGAAUAAGCUCUUUGUAGGAGCCAACAGUCUUAGGGAAACAAGAAGAACCCAG